GAGUUAGGGGAGGUGGCAAUGCAGCCCUCACAGUGAGCUGCGAGGGACCCACGCGCCUCUCGGUACAGCACACAACUGCGGUGCAAAAGGCGGCAAAAACACGAGAGGCGGAAGGAAGAACUGGCCAGUGUAAGGAAGUCCCGGGUGUAGGAAUGCAGCGUAACUAAAACCUCGAAAUUGUUCCCGAGAGCAAUUUUAACAGUCGGAGCGAUUUGGCAAAGGUUUGCGAAUUAGCUCCCGACAUUUUUUUUUUUUUUUUUCUGUGAGUAAAGUCAGCGGUGGGAGCGAUUUAGUACGAUAUUUCUGCCCCUUCUGCCCCUAUGGCACACUCAAGCCGGGAGGGUCGUGACUGAUAGCCAAGGCCACCGUGGCUGCCUUUCUACUUUCAAGUACUGCCAUAUAGUAAAUUUGACUCAGCAUUUAAUUCUUUAGGAUGCAAGAUGUUCUUAAGAGUACGAUAAGAAACAGAUUUUCGAUGCCAACAGCGUCUUGUGGCGCUUGAAUCCAAGGAUGAAAAAUGGAAGUCAUCCUAUUUUCAAGUUUUUAUAACACGGUCUGUGUGUCACACAAACAUUCCAUUAGUGACAAAUUGUGAACCACUCAUUCUUCAACUCAUCGAGAUGGCGGAGAAACAUUUUCGCUCCAUCAGCAUUAUGUUUGCUUCUUCCCGAAGUCUCCCCUUUAUAACUGGCGUUGGUGGCAGUGGUCUCUCCCUAAGCCUGCCGCCACGGCCCACCGCCAACACCGCCACCGCCCGCAUCGCCACUCACCAGCACCACCACCACCAUGCCUGAGUACAAGCUGACCUACUUCAACGGCCGCGGCAUGGGGGAGCUCAUCCGCUGGAUCUUCCUCUACGGGGACAUCCCAUUCACGCAGGAACGGGUCGAGCUGUCCGAGUGGCCCGAGAGGAAGAAAGCAACACUCGGGGGCAAGUUGCCAACACUGGAGGUGGAUGGCGAGUUGCUGCUGCAAUCGUCAGCCAUCGGCCGCUACCUGGCCACCAAGGCAGGUCUGGUGCCUCAGUGUCCUUGGCGCGCCGCGCAGUGUGAUGCCCUCGUCGAUACAUUUAAGGAUGUCCUCUUCGCUCUAUUCGAUAUCGUUUCGCCAGAAGACAAGACUGAAGAGGAGAAGCAGAAGAAGCUGAGAGAGGAAUACUUACCACAGACGCUUGGGCCGCUGAUGGAGAGUCUUGAGCAACGGCUGCAGGGCAAGGAGUGGUUCGUUGAGGACAAGAUGACGUGGGCGGACCUGGCCAUCGGGCGCACCAUGGAGGAGGUGUUCCAGGCGCUACCUGACCUGCGCCAAAAGUUCCCGAGGGUGAACGCACAGGCCGAAAAGAUCUAUCAGCUGCCUAGGAUCAAGGAGCAUCGCAAAACUCGCCCAGUUACCUCCUUCUGAGUCACCUGCAGCUGUUACUACCACUGUUACUUCCACCAGUGUCAUCCCUGCCACUGUUCCUGCUGCUACAGGCUACAAAGAUAAAUGUCACCGAUAAGACUGGGUACGCCAACCUAUGUAGUACCUUAAUUCCUAAUUUGAUAUGAAAUGUGACGGCUUUCAUCAGCUGCCAUAUUUAGGGAGUAUUUCAGCCUGGUUUGCGUAAACUACUUCUACAGCUGCUUCGUCUGAUGGUCGGCAUUAAUUCACAUUGAUUCGGGUGUGCUGGCAUUUACUAGUAGAGGAAAGUGCAGUACUAAACAAUACUGUGAGUGUAGCACGGCUUACCUGUAGUCUUGCCGCCUCUUCAACUUCCUGUUCGUUCCUCUAAUGAUAUUGAAAGUCUCUCUCUCUCUCUCUCUCUCUCUCUCUCUCUCUCUCUCUCUCUCUCUCUCUCUCUCUCUCUCUCUCUCUCUCUCUCAGUAUCUACUUCUCUGUAUGGGCAGUGUGGUCAUCGUAACCACUCCUUACUGGGUGUUCCUUUGUAGCGCAACAAAUAUACGUCUUCUUGCAAUACAAAUGUUUACAUCAAGUAAGCAGGCAGUCACUGAAUUAGCUUGCAUGUAAAGCUAUUAAGUUCAUUAUUCUACUUUCUUUAAGAAA